AUGCAUUGUCUGAGUGCCAAAAUAUUUGGAGGGGUUGUGUGGCCAACGGACAGUAAGUCUAUGAAAGUAGUGAAGCUUUUCAGUGAGCCGCCAUUGGCCAAAAGGAAAGAGGUCUAUGACUGGUACCCAUCGCAUGAUGUCUAUAACCCACUAAUGCGCUAUCUGAGAUUUCUGGGCCUCUAG